UCUAGCAGCUCCCACAUCCAGUCAUCCACUCUGGGCUUGAGGUUGAAUCAAGACCAUGAAGUGUCUGCUGCUUCUCGCCUUCAUUGGGGUGGCUGUUGCCUUCCCCACCUUUGCUGAAGAUGAUGAUGACAAAAUUGUGGGAGGCUACACCUGUGCAAAGAACGCUGUGCCCUAUCAGGUGUCCCUGAAUUCUGGAUAUCACUUCUGUGGAGGUUCCCUCAUCAGCAACCAGUGGGUCGUGUCAGCUGCUCACUGCUACAAAUCUCGCAUCCAAGUGCAGCUCGGGAAACACAACCUGGAGCUCACCGAAUCCACCCAGCAGUUCAUCAACUCUGCUAAAGUCAUCCGCCACUCUGGCUACAGCGCCUACACCCUGGACAAUGACAUCAUGCUCAUCAAGCUGGCCACCCCAGCCCAGCUCAACAAUGCUGUCCAAACCAUUCCUCUGCCUACCAGCUGCGCGGCCACCGGCACCACCUGCCUGAUCUCCGGCUGGGGCAACACUCUCAGCAGUGGCUCUAACUACCCAGACCAAUUGCAGUGCCUGAAGGCUCCAAUCCUCUCCGAUGCCGACUGCUCUUCUGCCUACCCUGGGCAAAUUACCAAGAACAUGAUAUGUGUAGGAUUCCUGGAGGGAGGAAAAGACUCCUGCCAGGGAGAUUCCGGCGGUCCCGUGGUCUGCAAUGGACAGCUCCAGGGCAUUGUUUCCUGGGGUAUUGGAUGUGCCAAGAAAGGCUAUCCCGGAGUUUACACCAAGGUUUGCAACUACGUCUCCUGGAUCCAGUCCACCAUUGCCGCCAACUGAGACGCUCCUUUGGUGUGGCUUGUAUUUUCUCAUCAUCAUUUCUAUUCUUUUGGAUCUGGAAAGGCAAAAAUUAUGAAAAAUUAAUAAAGACUUUCAGGCACCCCUA